ACAGACUGUCUGACCCCCCCCACCACCAACAGCCACUUCCUCUUUUGUCUAAUUUCAUGGCGAUCGGGAGAGAGGGAACACCACCGACGCACGCACACUGUCUCAGCACUCCUGAAAGAGUUUAUCCGGGUGUAAACUAAGUUGUCAAUCUGACUGGCACAACGGACAUUGUUCUCCAGGUGAAACUCAGUGGAAGACAUUAAAGGGGCUCCAUAGCACUUGGAUCUGUUCUUCUCUGUCCCAGGUUUAGACUGCGUGGUCUAUGGCUCUGAUGGACAAACACAAACAGGUCAAGCGACAGAGACUUGACCGCAUUUGUGAGGGUAUCCGACCCCCCAUCCUGAACGGGCCGAUGCACCCGCGGCCCCUGGUUGCCCUGCUGGACGGGCGCGACUGCACUGUGGAAAUGCCCAUCCUCAAAGAUGUGGCCACAGUGGCCUUCUGCGAUGCCCAGUCCACACAAGAGAUUCAUGAGAAGGUGCUAAAUGAGGCAGUGGCUGCCCUGCUCUACCACACCAUCACUCUGUCCAGAGAUGACUUGGAAAAGUUUAAAGGCCUCCGCAUAAUUGUCAGGAUUGGCUCCGGCUUCGACAACGUUGACAUCAAAGCAGCUGCUGAGCUCGGCAUUGCUGUCUGUAAUGUGCCAGCAUCGUCUGUGGAGGAGACGGCCGACACUUCGCUAUGUCUGAUCCUCAACCUGUACAGGCGAGUCACCUGGAUGCAUCAGGCCCUCAGGGAGGGAACCCGUGCCUCUAGUGUGGAGCAGAUCAGGGAGGUAGCUGGCGGUGCUGCUCGUAUCCGGGGUGAGACGCUGGGCAUUAUCGGUUUAGGGCGUGUUGGCCAAGCGGUGGCUCUGCGGGCUAAGGCCUUUGGUUUUGGCGUGAUCUUUUAUGACCCCUACCUGCCUGAUGGUGUGGAGCGUUCACUGGGCCUGCAGCGCAUGGCCACUCUGCAGGACCUGCUUAUCCACUCUGACUGUGUAUCCCUGCAUUGCAGCCUCAACGAGCACAACCACCACCUCAUUAAUGACUUCACCAUCAAACAGAUGCGUCAGGGAGCCUUCCUGGUGAACACGUCUAGAGGCGGUCUGGUUGACGAGAAAGCACUGGCUCAGGCCCUGAAAGAAGGCCGGAUACGAGGGGCUGCCCUGGACGUGCAUGAGACGGAACCUUUCAGUUUUUCAACAGGCCCUCUGAAAGAUGCCCCCAACCUGAUCUGUACCCCGCACACAUCCUGGUACAGUGAGCAGGCCUCCGUGGAGGCUCGCGAGGAGGCAGCCAGGGAGGUUCGCCGCGCCAUCACCGGACGUAUCCCUGACAGUCUGAAGAACUGCGUUAAUAAGGAGUAUCUGAUGGCAGCCUCUCAGUGGCCCAGCAUGGAGGCAGCCACUGUUCACCCAGAACUUAAUGGAGCCACUUACAGAUUUCCUCCAGUUCUGAGCAAUGUGGCAGCAGCAGGGGGUCUCGUAGGAGCUGGCGCAGUGGUUGAAAGCCUUGUUACAGGAACCCUGGUGCACGGCAUCACCCCUGUCUCCCACCCACCUCACGCCCCCUCCCCGAAUAAGGCCGAAGCCGACAGAGACAUCCCGUCCGACCAAUAGCCCCCCCUGCCGUCGCCAGCACAUUCCGUCACCUCUGGAAGCCCCCCUCCGCCUCCCAGCAUCAGACACAGCCCGCUCCUCCAGUACAUCGGCAGCAUCAGUUUGACCUGAUGUGGAUCUACAGUCUUUUUCCUCAGAUCACAUAACCAGCCCAGGAGUGACCUAUCCACAGCUAGCCCCAUCCCUAUCCAAACCCCAAGAACACACACUUCCCUCCAUCCUCGUCCUCAUCUCACCCACUCACCUGCCAUCCCCUCCCCCCUUCACUCCCCCACAACGUCAGCAAUAACUGUAUUCUCAAGGAUUCAAUGAUUGGAUUGGUUUAUAUCCUUAGUUGGCUGUUGUUUUAAUGGAAAGUUGACCUGUUGUGGUUCUAGGUGUUAAUGUUUGUUUGUUUGUUAAAAAAAAGCAUUUCUGACAUGAGGCUUUACAGUCUGCUGCCUCCUGCAGUCCUCUGACUCUGACCAGUAGAGGGACAGAGGCAGAAAGGUUGAAGCCCCCUUUGUACAUUAAUGGCUCAUGUUACUGCUUUCUUCUCUUUUUUUUUUCCUCCCCCCCCUCCACCUUUUUUGUGACGGGGGAAAAUGUGUACUAAAGUAAACUAUACAGAAUCACAAACAGUACAUCCUGUCAUCCCCACCAGACGUCUAGCUACCCCUCAGUCCAUUUUGGCCCUUAGCUCUCCCUGGCACCGUCCUCCGCUUGCUCAGCAGAAGGAUCCAUAAUGCUGUCAGUGUGGAGCUCUCUGACUGUCAAAUAUAUCUGCUCAUACUUCAGAUAGUGAUACCCAACACCCCUGCAUGCUUUGCCCCUCAUGGAUUGUUUUAUCAUGAGAUAAUAGCGUCAUAUCGCCCAGCACCUAUGCAUGAAUUCCAUCUCAUGCCAGCAGCUGGAGUGCUGUGUGUGAGGUCUUGGUGCCCACAAAGAAUCAAAACGCAGCAGCUUUUUCUGGCAUAAAAAAACAACAGCAUGCCAGGAGCCUCGCCAGCAGAGGGCGCUGUCUGAGCACUCGGAGCUGAGAGAGUUGCACACAUCUAAUUUCAGUCAGACAGACAGUUACAGGUUAGCUGCAGUGAUGAAGAACACGAUCACACACUGCCAACAGUCAGAACACAGGAUGGGUGACCAGGGAUUGACUUCCGCCUUAUCGUUUUAAUAAGAUCUCACUGCACCCCACCACCUCCUGCACCCACCCUCCACUCCUCUCCCACUGUCAUGGCCCACCCUACACAUCUGCUCAUGAACCAGUAUGCAUCCACCAAUUCCUUUAAGCGUGAGGGGACAUUAGAGUUUAGUUUCCCUGUAGGAGCAAGGGGACAGUGUUCUUGCAUGCUGGCUUUGUUAAUGACAGUGGUGUGUGUGUGUGUGCGCGUGUGUGUGUGUGUGUGUGUGCGCGUGUGUGUGUGUGUGUACAUGCGUGUGUGUGUGGGUUUGAAUGUGUGUUUGUAUGUUCCCUCACCCUGUUAAGAUAACAAGCUAUUGUCUUUCCAAAGGAAUAGUCCCUAGGAGUAACUCUUUAACGCUGUUGCCCUGGUGUCAAGGGAACACCUUUCUAGUACCUCAGUAACAGAUAUUGAAUGUACCGUGCAUACCCUUUUAUUUUUUGUACAGAUUUUCUAGAUACUUCUUUACUAUUCUUUACCAGAAGGGUUGUGAAAUUGUAGCAGUAAUGAUACAAUAAAAAAACAACAACAUUGCCCCAUGAAACAAAUUGACAAAGUCCUUUUAGGUUUGCUAUAGGUCACUGAAUACUCAGGCUUCGAAACCAAUGCGUAUCUCUUUGCCUUUACAUUUUAUUUUCUCAUUGUGGAAAAUUCAGCACAACGCUUUUCCAUUCUUAGACUUCAGACUGUAGUUGAUGUGUUUCGACCUCCAUCUUACUGGCUAUUGAAAAAGAAGGAAAAAACUAAAGGCGGUCGUCGUGGUCUGCUAGUUUUUUUUUUGUUGUUUUUUACUAGAACAGUAGUUAGAGAUGCAGUUUUGUUUUUACCCCCUUCAUUGUCAGGCUGCUCUAUCUAUAGUGCAUGUGAGGUAAUUUUUGGGGGGAAAUACUAUUGGCUUAAAGAAUUUGUGUCAUCUUGCUGUUUCCCUCUGCGCCCCGGCCUUUCCCCCCUCAGAGUGUUUUCAACCCAAGUUGCCAUUUUUGUCGUGGUCAGUUUCCAGUGAUGUACAGUUUUCCCUCAGAGUCUAUGAGAGACAUGGAGCAUGUCUGUGUCCUGAGAUGCUAGGCUCCGCUGUCAUGUGAUGAGUAUAUAUUUUUAAAAAUAACCCCCAUAGUUCGGAUUAUGAGCAUAAUAGUAAUCUUAAAUUUUUGCUGUUGAUGAUGAUGAUGAUGAUUAUAUAUAUAUUUUUCAGUUCAGCAGUGCACUGUUAUGAAAACAUUCUGUUUUAUUGUAGGAUUUCAUUUUUAUGGAUAUGCUGUCUGUGUUCUACAUGUUGUACUGAAACAUUUUGGAGAAAAAACAUGAGAUCUCUCUCCUGGUGAUUUUUUUUUUUUUUUUUUUUUUAAAGUCUUACCCCAACUGUCUUUUCCAGCUGAUAUCCUCUGGGCCUUACUUUUUCUCUCCCUGUAAAGAUAGCUGUUAUAGAAAGUCGCCAUGGUACCACUCACUGCCUUAAUACAGUUGACCACAGCAGGUGAAGUCAGGAGACACAUCCAGUCGAAAAGAACAGGCCACAAUCGAAGUCGCUCCGCAAAAAGCCCCCUCACACCCCGACAGGCCUAAAUCUGCAGCACCUUGCAUUUCUUUUUCACUGAUGAACCACAUUUAGCCUAAUUUUGGGCUAAAACACAUACAUCCAGUGUGAAUUGUUACUGUGCAUUAAUAAGAUGUUAUAUUUUUCUUUUCUAUCUUUGAAUAGUUCAGCCUGGCAGUGUGUAUGUGCGUAGGCUAACAGAUAAGCACAGUGUGUAUGCUCACAAAGCCACAGCUGAUAUUUCACUCUUGGGUGUGAGAAUUCCCCCACCCACCCACCACCACCACCCUGGGUCUCUUAAAGCAUCUUUCACAGUGCUGCCAGAGCCCCAGUGGGGCUGGGAGGGGGAGGGCAUAGCGGACACUGGUGUGGUCUGUCAAAAAAAAAAAAAAAAAAAAAGCAGAAAAAUUACAAUGAGAA